AUGGGUAGCUGCAACUCAAUGAGUAAAAUUAAAAACUCAAUCAGGCCAAAGCCUAUGCAAUCUUUCGAUAAAAGAGAAUUCCCUCGUGUAGGAACAGUUAAAAUCAAAAAAAGAAAUCACAUUGGCAAAGUGACAGGAACUCAUGAUCUCACUUUUGAGCUAACUGAACCAAAGUUGGUGAUUUCAAAGUUACUAAAUUUAGGCAAUCAGCACGCUUAACGGAAUAUUAAAGAAAAAAUAUUUUUAAUGCUAUUUUAUAAAUUUUUCUUAUUAAAGUUUUUUAUAGCAAUGCUCAAUUCUUUUUCUUUUAUUUAAAAAAUUAAUUAUUUUGUUAAAAAUCACUUAAAAAUCUUUUUACAUUAGAUUUCCCUCAAUCAGCAAGUCUGAGCAUCAGCUUGUAUACUCCCAGGCCUCGACCCCCACAAGGAGCAAGAGAAAAAAUGCCAAGACUGUUGUCUUUUUCUUUGUGACGGAGACAGCAUUUUUCUUGCAGAAUUCGAUGGUCAUGGCACUUAUGGAGAAAAAGUGGUCGAAUUCUGCGGCAACAUCGUCCAGCGAGAAUAUAGCACCUCAAAAUUUAUAUACCAGGUAACCUUUAUUCAGUCAAACCCCUCAAGUUUUCUUACAAACAUAUAGCGCAAGUACACUAUUAGCUCGCUGUUCUUCCAACUUCUCCCGUGAGAGUUGCAGAAUUGGUUUUGCUAAUAAAUGUAGGUAAAACCAACUCCAUGAAUAGUAGAUUUAUCUUAUCGGGUGGAUUGCCAUCCCUGGAGCUGGUUUUAUCAGCAUUAAUAGCAAAUCAAUUCCCCAACCCUUAUGGAGAGUUGGGAGCAAAACAGCUAAUAGCGUGAUCAUGUUAUAACUCUUAAAUGUGAUGAAGAUAUCAGAAAACCUUCAAGCGGGAUAGAUGUUUCUCAGUCAGGAUCUACAGAAGUCCUUUGUCUUAUCUACAAUAAUACAGUUUUUUCUGCUAGCGUAGGAGAUUCCAGGGCGGUUUUAUCGACUACCUGUCCUCCGCUGCACCCGCCUGCCCCACAAGCGGUUUUAGGUAAAGAGCGCCAACUACUGGAAGAAGCUAAUAAAAGGCGAAAUAGUGUGGCAAACCCGCUGAUUCAUCCUGUACAAUUAACUAAAGACCAGAAGCCAGAAGACCCUGAUGAAUUGGCAAGAAUUUAUCAAGCGGGAGGAAGAGUCCAAAGAUUGACUGACCAAAAUGGAAAUAAAAUUGGGCCUUAUAGGGUGUGAGAAAUGAACUCAAACUCCCCAGGACUCGCUAUGUCGAGAUCUAUCGGAGACUCAGUAGGGACAAGACUUGGAGUCGUGGCUAACCCUAUUACGACUGUACAUCAUAUGAGUUUAGACGAUGACUGCUUCAUUAUAGCAGCAUCUGACGGAGUUUGAGAUGUAUUUUUAUAUAAACUGAAUAUAAAUUCACACAAUAAUUAUUUUUAUUAUACAAAAAAGUUUUUGGCCACUUCGUGGCCAUCUAAUUAAUCCUUCAGGCAUAUUCGAGAACAAAGACGCCAUUAACUUUGUUGAAUACUAUCGAAAUAAAUGCAAAAGAGGGAUGUCAGAAAGACCAGUCGACGAUAAAAUAAGCAGCGACAAUACUUGUAUAGCACAGUUAUUAUGUGAAGAAGCCAGAAUGAGAUGGUAUGCAAUUGUUGAAGAAGAAGACGUCAUUAUUGACGAUAUCUCAUGCGUUAUUAUAGAGUUCAGAAGCGAUAGUGUAGCUGUUGCGAGAGAGUCAGGAGACUUGCCUGAUGCCAAUGGAAAUCAAGGAGAAGAUGCUGGGACGCAUCAGCUGAAAAGAGCUCCGACAACGCAUGAUGUUCAGGUCAGAGACCCGAGGAGAGGCUCUGUAGUUGUUGAUAGAGUUGAUAUGAAUAAUUAA